UUCGUUUUCUUCUCUAUCAAAUCUUCCCCAAUUUCCAGAACCCACUGAAUUUCCCUUAGAGUGUACGAAAUUGAUAUCCUAAACCCCAUAAUCGGUAGCGUAUUUUUGUUAUUGCAAACCUGGAGCAGUUGAAGACGAUAGGCAGGGAGCUCGCAAUGGGCUCCCAGGGUGGCUUCGGCCAGUCCAAGGAGUUUCUGGACCUUGUAAAAUCAAUUGGAGAAUCCCGAUCCAAGGCUGAGGAAGACCGUAUAGUUCUUCGUGAGAUCGAAACCCUAAGACGCCGAAUCACCGAGCCCGAUAUCCCCAAACGGAAGAUGAAAGAGUACAUAAUCCGUCUCGUGUACAUUGAGAUGCUCGGCCACGACGCCUCUUUUGGAUACAUUCAUGCCGUUAAGAUGACUCAUGACGAUUCCCUCCUACUGAAGCGAACUGGGUAUUUGGCCGUGACUCUGUUUCUUAACGAGGAUCAUGAUUUGAUAAUAUUGAUCGUGAAUACGAUCCAGAAGGACUUGAAAUCGGAUAAUUUUCUGGUGGUAUGCGCCGCUUUGAAUGCGGUAUGUAAAUUGAUUAAUGACGAGACGAUACCCGCUGUUCUUCAGCAGGUGGUUGAGUUGUUAUACCACCCAAAAGAGGCGGUGAGGAAGAAGGCUGUAAUGGCUCUGCAUCGGUUUUAUCAAAGGUCCCCCUCGUCCGUGACUCAUCUUGUAACGAAUUUCCGAAAGAAACUUUGUGACAACGACCCUGGAGUAAUGGGUGCUACACUUUGCCCUCUAUUUGAUCUUAUCAUGAUAGACGUAAAUUCACAUAAAGAUUUAGUUGGAAGCUUUGUAAGCAUUCUCAAACAGGUCGCUGAACGUAGACUGCCAAAGAGUUACGACUAUCAUCAGACACCUGCCCCGUUUAUACAGAUUAAGUUGCUAAAAAUUCUGGCAUUACUUGGUAGUGGUGACAAGCAGUCCAGCGAGCAGAUGUAUACUAUCAUUGGAGACAUAAUGAGGAGGAGUGACACGACUAGUAAUAUAGGAAAUGCGAUUCUUUAUGAAUGCAUAUGCUGUGUCUCAUCUAUACAUCCCAGUCCUAAGUUAUUUGGAGCAGCAGCUGAUGCCAUUGCUAAACUCCUGAAGAGCGACGUUCAUAAUUUAAGGUAUAUGGGUAUUGAUGCACUUGGUCGACUGAUAAGGAUUAACCCAGAAGUUGCUGAGCAACACCAACUUGCUGUAAUUGAUUGCUUAGAGGAUCCAGAUGACACUCUAAAGAGGAAAACGUUUGAGCUGCUUUAUAAAAUGACGAAGUCCUCCAAUGUGGAAGUUAUAGUAGACCGUAUGAUAGAGUACAUGAUAAGCAUCAAUGACAAUCAUUACAAAACUGAAAUAGCAUCUAGAUGUGUGGAGCUUGCAGAGCAAUUCGCACCCAGCAACCGUUGGUUUAUUCAGACUAUGAACAAAGUCUUCCAACAUGCUGGGGAUUUGGUGAACCCUAAGGUGGCUCAUAACUUGAUGCGCUUGAUUGCCGAGGGAUUUGGGGAGGAUGAUGAUACGGCAGAUAGUCAGCUUAGAUCUUCUGCUGUGGAAUCUUAUUUGCGAAUAAUGGGAGAGCCAAAGCUUCCAUCUACAUUUCUUCAGGUAAAUUGUCCUACUUUGGUUUCCUAUGCCUGGUCUUCACCCAGCAUUUGUAUGUGUGGAAUGUUGCUCUGUUUUUGUUGUAUACAGGUCAUAUGUUGGGUUUUGGGGGAAUAUGGAACUGCAGAUGGUAAAUAUUCUGCCUCCUACAUCGGUGGCAAGUUAUGUGAUGUUGCAGAAGCACAUUCAAGUGAUGAUACUGUCAAGGCGUAUGCAGUGACUGCACUUAUGAAAGUUUGUUCUUAUGAAAAAGCUGCCGGAAGAAAAUUAGAUAUGUUAUCGGAGUGCCAAUCCUUGAUUGAAUCAUUGUCUGCAUCUCACUCGACUGAUCUCCAGCAGCGCGCAUAUGAACUUAAGGCAAUUAUCAGCCUAGAUGGUAUUGCUAUGGAGAAUAUAAUGCCAUUAGAUGCAAGUUGUGAAGACAUUGAGAUUGAUAAGAGUCUUUCGUUUCUCAAUAGUUAUGUUCAGAAGUCUUUAGAAGAGGGGGCUAAACCAUAUUUAACAGAGCAUGAACGAUCUAGAACUCGAAAUAUCAGCAACUUUAGAAACCACGAUCACCAUGAUGCGUCGACACAUUCUCUUAGGUUCGAGGCUUACGAGGUUCCAAAGCCUGUAAUCUCUGCAAGGCUACCCCCAACAGCUUCUUUAACCGAACUUGCAGCUGUCCGUGAACAAUCUUAUCAGAGGGAGGUCCAUCGUAGCCCAUCUGUUGGAUCUUUAUCCGACAAAGGCUCGCAAGAGCUCAGGCUACGUCUCGAUGGGGUUCAAAAGAAGUGGGGUAGGCCCACUUACUCAUCUGCUGCCUCCCCAUCAACCUCAGAUUCGGAAUCUCAUACGGUAAAUGGUACUGGAAAAGGCAAAUCAUUUGAACCCUCUUCAAGAAGGCAGCCGGAAGUUGAGAUACCUGAAGAAAAGCAAAAACUUGCAGCUUCACUGUUUGGGGGUACCACUUCAAAGUCUGAAAAGAAACAAUCUGGUGGUGGUAUCAAGGGUUCAAAAGCAACCCGUAGUACAGCAGAUCAAACGCGAGCCACGACAGCAGUGGUUCAUCCACCUGUGGACUUGCUGGAUUUCGGAGAACCAAGUGGUGCGGCAAGUGGCUCAUCCUCAACCGUGGAUCCAUUCAAACAACUGGAAGGUCUUGUGGAUACAAACCAAUAUAGUAAUGUUUCCAAAGAUCCUGAUCUAUUGUCCCUUUAUUCAGAUGCUGCUUCUACUAGCGGUCAGAAUCAGAAUCAAGAAACUGGUAACCUGAGUCAUGGGUCGGGUAACAGAACGACAAAGGGUCCGAACCUUAAAGAUGCUUUGGGGAAAGAUGCAUUGGUUAGGCAAAUGGGUGUCACACCAGCAACCCAGAAUCCUAAUUUAUUCAAAGAUUUGCUUGGCUGAUUGAACUGCAUCCACUCUCAAGAUUCAAUGAGAAAUAUGUAGAAAUGCUUUCAAAUAUGGCAUGAAGAACUUGCAGGCUCCCUUGAGA